AUGCUGGCUAAUAGCCAUUUGGAGGCAGACGACGCCGAAUAUGAACGGUUCGAAUGCGAGUUCUACACCUUCGACGGCAACCCUAUCCCGCUCCCUGACGAGCUGCACAUCCAUACAAGGAGCGGUUUAGUAACGAGGGUGAAACAGUGCGUCAUCAAAACCAAGUCGUUGGUCAAGUCCCUCAUCACGUUGCGUGUGAUGAGGAGGCAAUCCAGCGAGACAGCGAGGCAUAUGUCCCAGCACAACGAUAAUGCCAUUGAUCUGACAGCUGGCCGCGUCGGCCUUGGUGCACGGGCGUCUGAGGCAUCUGAAAGGUUAGUCGCCAGGUUGCAGAUGUUCUUCAAUAACCCGGCUGAGGAGGCUUUUGCUGCUUUCCAGAAAGCUCGGAAUGCACUGGAUUUCGUCCAGCGAACCAGUGAAAGAAACGGCAAGGCGAUGGCACGAAGCCUCAACCACGAAGAUGACAUGGCCCGAUUGUCGUCCCAGGAGAUCGAGUCGAUGAACGUUGUUCGAGAGGCUGAUGACUACCAGGACCCGGGUGAUUGGGAGCUGAGCUCCGGCGGUCUCCCUUGCUUGUCUAGAUCUCGCGCCCGGCAGUUCGCGACCAGUCCUCGCAAACGACGUCACGACGCCAAGAUGCCUCUCCACCACUUGAUGAUCGGGACCUGGACCCCUCCAGGCGCAAUCUUUACCGUCGCAUUCGACGACGAGAAGCUCGAAUUGAAGCUGGUCAAGAGGACAGAGAUCCCCCACGACGAGCCCAUAUCAUGGAUGGCAUUUGACCAUGCGAAGAAGAAUCUGUACGGCUCGGCCAUGAAGAAGUGGUCCUCUUUCGCCGUCAAGAGCCCGACCGAGAUCGUCCACGAGGCAUCGCACGCCAUGGGGGGAGAUCCCCAGGCGAACUCCUCCGAGACAAACACCCGCGCCAUCUUCCUCCUCCCGGCCAAGCAGCCCCCCUACGCCGUCUACUGCAACCCCUUCUACAAGCACGCCGGCUACGGCAACGUCUUCUCCGUCUCCGGCUCGGGCGCCCUCGCCUCCAACAUCCAAAACUACCCCUACCAGGAGAACACGGGGAUCCACGGCAUGGUCUUCGACCCCACCGAGACCUACCUCUACUCGGCCGACCUGACGGCCAACAAGCUCUGGGUGCACCGCAAGGUCCCCGGCCGCGCCGACGGGCAGGUCGAGCUCGUCGGCUCCGUCGACGCACCCGCACCCGGCGACCACCCGCGCUGGGUGGCCAUGCACCCGACGGGCAACUACCUCUACGCGCUGAUGGAGGCCGGCAACCGCCUCUGCGAGUACGUCAUCGACCCGGCCACCCGGCUGCCCGUCUACACGCACCACAGCUUCCCGCUGAUCCCGCCGGGGGUCGCGACGCACGACGCCCAGACGGGCAAGGGCCUGUACCGCAGCGACGUGUGCAGCCUGACGCGCAGCGGGCGGUACCUGUUCGCGACGGCGCGGGCCAACAGCUUCGACCUGACGGGGUACGUCGCGGCGUUCCGGCUGCGCGACUGCGGCAGCGUCGAGGCGCAGCUCCUGCUGCACCCGACGCCGACGAGCGGCGGGCACAGCAACGCCGUCGCGCCGUGCGACUGGAGCGACGAGUGGCUGGCCAUCACGGACGACCAGGAGGGCUGGGUGGAGAUGUACCGCUGGAAGGACGAGUACCUGUCCCGGGUCGCGCGGGUCAGGAUCCCCGAGCCCGGGUUCGGCAUGAAUGCCAUCUGGUACGACUGA